AUGACGGAGACGCCCCCUGCGCAGUCCGUCCGCUUCAGCGAUGUCACCCAGGAAAUUGAACCAGCAGAGGCCGUGAGGGAUGUCGCGGAGCUCACGGGCACCGACAAGGCACCUAACGAUGGCCCAUUGAGCCCUCAAGCUGAAGAAGAGCUACGUAAUCUGUCGUCCACGCUCCAAAAGUCACGGAUGCAGGCCAAGCGCAUGGAAAACUUCUCCUUCGAACCUGUCUCACUCCCGCCCUCUCGAGCACCUUCUCCCUCUCCAGCCUCACGAACAGCUUCAGCACACUCAGGACACCGUUCUUCCAUUCCGGGGUCACCUGCAUCCGCCAUGCACUCUCCACCCUUGACACCAGCAGGCACGUCGUCUCGAGAAGAGAGAGCUAACACAGAGGGACACAGAAAGCGCCCGAGUGAUCCCGCUAUGAUGACACCCCAGGUCUCACCCCCGCAUGAAGCUCCGCCAACGUCCAUGGACUCAUCUGUGCAAAAUCUAAACGACAGCCAAUCUUCACUGCCUGUUCCUGGCUCUCCCAAAACCGCACCACAAUCCCCUCGACCCUCGUCAGAUCUGUCCGGCGUGGUACAGCCGCACCCAAGACGCGGUCCUGCCUUCACAAUGGGCCCUGCUGGUGACUCAAACCCGGCCUCCCGGGAUGCUAGUCCGGCUGGAUCCGGUGGAGAGCGAACGCCUGGAACGUCGACCCCGGCAUCUGGCUCCCGGCCAUUUACACCACAGGGAGAUAGAGACGAUACCUAUGCCCGCUCCAAACGCGCCGCGCAAUCGAGGAAUUUGGAUUCGCUCGAAGCUCGAUACAUUUACGGUGGCCGCGAUGGGCGUAAUUCAGCAGCGUCAUCCACAUACCAACUACCACGCUCCAGGGGAACCGACUCUGACAAAGAGGAGAGCAAGAGAACGAGCAUAUUUGGAAAAAAGACGAAAGCUCACUCUGACGUGGAGGACAGCAAAUCACAAAUAGGCAAACACAACCACGGAUCCAUGUCUGAACUGAAGCGCUUCUUCAAGAUUGGACACAAGAAGGACAAGGAUAAAGAGAAGGAGAAGCGGAAAGAGUCGCCUGCGCCGUCUAUCAAAAGCCAAAAGAUCAAGUCGAACAAGUCAGGGACCAUGACACCACCCAUCACAAACGGGGCAAUGAGCGUACCUUUCGCCGACGACCACGGCCUCCAGAGCAAGUACGGGAAGUUUGGAAAAGUGCUGGGUUCAGGUGCUGGUGGCUCUGUUCGACUCAUGAAGCGAAGUAGCGACGGCACCACAUUCGCUGUAAAGCAGUUCCGGAACAGGCAUUCGUACGAGUCUGAAAAAGACUACAACAAGAAGGUGACUGCCGAGUUCUGUAUAGGUUCGACGCUGCACCACGGAAACAUCAUUGAGACUAUGGAUCUGGUGAACGAAAAGGGCGCUUACUUCGUUGUGAUGGAAUACGCGCCUUUCGACCUUUUCGCUAUAGUGAUGACGGGAAAGAUGAGCCGCGAAGAGGUCACUUGCUGCACCCUACAAAUCCUCAACGGAGUUACGUACCUUCACAGCAUGGGUUUGGCACACCGAGAUCUAAAGCUAGACAAUGUCGUCGUCAACGAGCACGGAAUCAUGAAGAUCAUCGACUUCGGAAGUGCUGCUGUCUUCAAGUAUCCUUUCGAGGACGAGAUUGUCCUUGCAAGUGGUAUCGUUGGAUCAGAUCCGUACCUCGCUCCAGAAGUGUACGACCUUUCCAAAUACGACCCGCAACCGACCGACAUCUGGUCUCUUGCUAUCAUGUUUUGCUGUAUGACGCUCCGUCGAUUCCCAUGGAAAGCCCCACGCGUCUCCGACAACUCGUACAAACUCUUCGUCUCGCCUCCUAACGAUGGACCGAGAUCGAUUACUGGCCCCUCGAAGUCGGCCACUGACCUCCAGAGCAGCGCCGGUGACGAUCGCCGUCAGUCAGGGUCACAAUCAGAGCCUGCAUCUCGUAACCAAACUUCAGAGCAUUCUUCGGCCGACAAUCGCGCUUCAACAUCAUCGGCUGGUCAGCAACCGCCUCAAGUGAUCAAAGGCCCGUGGCGCCUUCUCCGUCUGCUACCGAGAGAGAGCAGGCACAUCAUCGGCCGAAUGCUGGAGAUCGAUCCGAAGAAACGCGCAACUCUUGACGAGAUCCUCGAAGACAAGUGGGUCACUGGUAGUGCAGUGUGCACGCAAGAAGAGGGUGGACGAGUGCUCCGAUGUGACAACCACGACCAUACUCUGGAGCCAGGCGCUGGCGUCGCCUCCGCUCCAAACACGCAACAAAAGAAGUGA